AUGGAACUUCUUUUAGUGCUGUUUCUCAUUAGCCUAGCCGCGUCAAGACCGGUACCGUCGCCGGAAAGUGGGUGUGUAAUCAUGGGAGAUAUCCGGGUCUGCGAAAUUAAUGAAGGCGAUGGACCCCCAGAAACCUUAAAUCAGAUACCGACACCGAAAAAUGGGUGUGUAACCAUGGCGGGGAUUGACAUCUGCCAAAUUAAACAUGAUGGAUCCAGGGGAGCUUCUAAAAAAUUGAGGAGAUUGCGUAACAAAGAUAGUGCGAUAAAUUUAGUAAGUGGUUAUGUACCGUAUAACAGAAACAGAAAACAACGAAAGUGUGAGACCUCAAAGUGCCUCCGGCCCGAAACAGACGAAUAUAUGCUCACCAUUGGGGAGAGUGAUUUCGGGAGUAUGUGGAAA